AUGGGAAAUUGUUGCCUGCGGAAAUCCGUAUGCGCCAACCGGCGCGUCACGUCGCCGCAACUGCACGGCGACUUCCACGGGAGGCCGACCCAGCAAUCCGCGGAAGACAUGGAAGCCUUGCUCUACAUCGCGCCGGAUAUCUGCGACGUGUUUUUCAGAGGACUGAGGCGGCCGGUAUGUGUGCCGAACUCGGCGAGGGAUAGGAAGGACGGCACCAAGUCAGGGAUGCCAACGGCCUCCACGGGGAUAGACAUGGAAUACCAGCCUUCCGCGACCGAGCAGCACACAAAUGACCUCCAUCAGGGCCAGCCAGGCGGCGACAGUAUCGCACCGGCGCCGCCGGAGAGCGGCGCGGCCGACCUCAUGCGGAAUCCCGCGGAGUACCCUAGGAUCGCCGACUUCGUGCUGAGCCGCGACCUGUGGCGCUCCCGCGUGCUCAACAGGUACAAGGUGACCGCCAGGUACCACGUCACGCCGACGGCGAUAGGGUACGGCGUCGGCGGAUCGGUCCGCGAGGUAUUCGACCGGACGUCGAAGCACACCUACGCCAUGAAAACACUCAGAACGUUCAUGCCCUCGCGCAGCGCAAUCGUCAGCGCAAUCAACGAAAUCGCAAUAUACGCGCAACUCGACCACCCGAACAUCGCCUUCCUGCACGAGGCGUACGAGGAUGUCGGGGUGUGCCACCUCAUCAUGGAGCACUGCACGGGCGGCGAGCUAUACGACCGCCUGGACAGCUACAAGCGCUUCGCGGAGGGGUACACCAAGCGCCUGACGGUGCAGAUGCUGCUCGCAAUCAACUACCUGCACGUCAACGGCAUCUGCCACCGGGACCUCAAGCUCGAAAACUGGGUGUUCGGCAGCUCGGACCUGGGGGCGCAGCUCAAAAUGGUCGACUUCGGCUUCUCAAGGCUGUUCCAGCGGGGCGUGCCCAUGGGGGGCACGCACGGGACGGUCUACUACGUGGACCCGGAGGUUAUCGACGGAUGCUACAACGAAAAGUGCGACGUCUGGAGCACGGGGGUGAUUGUGUACAUGCUGCUCUCGGGCUCACCGCCGUUCAACGGCGACGGCGACAAGGAGAUACUCUGGAAGAUCAAGCGGGGGCCGCUGAAGUUCGAGGGCGCGCGCUGGAGCCAGGUCUCGGACCAGGCCAAGGAGUUCAUCACCUACCUCCUCAACAGGAACGGCACGGAGCGCGCGUCGGCGUACGAGGCGCUCAACCACCCGUGGCUCAGCGAGGAGGUGCAGAAGUUCGACGACAGCAUCGUGACGCCGGAAGUGAUGCGCCACAUCGCGGAGUUCAGCAAGAAGUCGCCGCUGCACCGUGCGCUGGUGGCGCUCUGCGUGCUGGAGGCGGACAGGAACGCCAGCAACGAAAUAUACAGGGUGUUCUUCGCCAUCAACACCUCGCGCAGCGGAGCCAUCACGCUCAAGGAGUUCACGGACGCGAUGCGCAAGCACCUCGACAUGGACGAAAACGAGGCUGCCGCGGUGUUCGACACCAUCGCGUUCCGAGGAACGCCCACGAUGCAGUACACGGAGUUCGUCGCGGCGGUUUACGAGUACUACACGGAGGUCGACAUGGAGCUCCUGGCGCAGGUGUACUACAAGCUCGAGGCGCUCGGCAACGGACGCAUCGACGUGAACGCCUUCGUCGCCUGCAUGGGCGAACGCUUCAACGGCACGCUGGUCGCCAGCAUAUUCGAGGACACGGACGUGGAGCGCAAGGGCGUUAUCGAUUUCGCCCAGCUGCAAAAUUGCCUCGUAAGCGUACACUAG